UCUGGGGGCGGAGCCGGCGCUGGGCGCGGAGGCUGCCGGGAGCGGAAGUCGGCCGCGGCGGAUGUUGACAGUGGUGACCCACGACAGGCUGGGUGGCCCGCUGAGGACUCUAGCACUGGAUCAAAAUGGCUGAUGAUAAUGAAGAGCUGCAGGCAGAUGAAGAGCUCCCAGCUCCAGCUGAGGACAACUUUGAGCAGCUGGAGAACAGCAGCCCCGCCGAGCGCAGUGGGCAUGUAGCAGUCACUGAUGGGCGCUGCAUGUUUGUUUGGGGAGGCUAUAAGAAUGCUCAAGUUAGGGGAUUUUAUGACUUCUAUCUGCCUAGAGAUGAAAUAUGGAUCUACAGCAUGGAAACUGGAAGAUGGAAUAAAAAAAAAACAGAAGGAGAUGUUCCACCUUCCAUGUCAGGCAGUUGUGCUGUGUGUGUAGACAAAGUAUUGUAUUUAUUUGGAGGGCAUCAUGCACGUGGCAAUACAAACAAGUUCUACAUGUUAAACUCCAGAUCCAAGGACAAAGUGUUGCAGUGGGUUAGAGUAGAAUGUCAAGGUGUUCCCCCCUCAUCAAAGGACAAACUUGGAGUUUGGGUUUAUAAAAAUAAGCUAAUAUUUUUUGGAGGUUAUGGUUAUUCGCCUGAAGGGAUACCAAUAGGAACUUUUGAAUUUGAUGAAACCUCUUUUUGGAACUCAGGUCAGCCUAGAGGAUGGAAUGAUCAUGUACAUGUUCUGGACACUGAAACCUUUUCUUGGAGCCAGCCCAUAACCACGGGUAAAUCCCCCUCACCCCGAGCAGCCCAUGCCUGCGCUACAGUUGGGAACAGAGGCUAUGUGUUUGGAGGCAGAUACCGAGAUUCUAGAAUGAAUGAUCUUUAUCAUCUUAAUUUGGACACAUGGGAGUGGAAUGAAAUAAUUACACAAGGCAUUUGCCCAGUAGGCCGAUCUUGGCAUUCCUUAACGCCUGUUUCAUCAGAUCACCUAUUUCUUUUUGGAGGGUUUACCACCGAUAAGCAGCCACUGAGUGAUGCUUGGAUUUAUUGUAUCAGUAAGAAUGAGUGGAAACAGUUUGAACAUAAUUAUUCUGAAAAACCAAGGCUGUGGCAUACAGCUUGUGCAAGUGAAGAAGGAGAGGUGAUUGUUUUCGGUGGCUGUGCCAACAACUUGCUUGCCCAUCACAAAGCAGCGCACAGUAAUGAGAUACUUGUGUUUUCUCUACAACCAAAAUCUCUUGUAAGGCUGUGCCUAGAAGCAGUCAUUUGCUUCAAAGAGAUAUUAGCCAACUCAUGGACCUGCCUCCCAAAGCACUUGCUUCACAGUGUCAAUCAGCGGUUUGGAAGUAACAAUACAUCUGGCUCUUAAGACUUCUGCGAACAACCUCUGCAUGGAUGAGCAAUUCUAAAAGAUGUAAUAAUUUUACCAACCACGUGUGGCAGAUGUGAGACUUGUAUAAAUAUCUGCAUUGUCGUUGGUAGUAGCUUGUUGGUUGUAAGUUGCAUGUGAAUGGCUUAGAGAGAACCUAUUUUUGUGUAAAGAUGUUUGCAAUAAAUGUAUUUAAUGCAAGUUGAAA